AUGAAAUCCAUAGAAACCCAUUCGGAUAAUCCGGAUUUGGUGAGUUUCCACGACUUCAAAGUGGAGAGGAUACGUCGUGGUGUCUAUGCCGCUUCGGGGAGAUUUAUACAAAAUUUUGAUAUUGUGGAAGGUGAUGAUUCGGAGAUUGAAUUCCUUUCGUAUCGCAGUGAAAAUGGUGUUCGCCCCUAUAGGCCCCUACCAUUUAGGGUGCAACGUCAACAUUUCUUUUCAUAUUUGAAUUCAUUUUAUCGUCUGAUAAUGGAUACCCUGAAGGAUUGUUCCAAUAUGCCGGUGUUUGAGGAUAAAUUUCAGCCUCCAUUUGAAAAGAAAACCUACAUCUUGGACAAAUGCCAAUUUAAUCAGGAAGAAUUUCCACAACACCUGCAGGAGGGGUUCUAUAAAAUUGUGGUCAAUGGUUAUGGUGCUGCCAAUUGGAAUUUGAUUUUAGUAGUUCAAGUUCAAAAUGAGUGGUGA